AUGCGGAGCAUUCCGGACUUGGGGGACAUCGGGGAAUCUCUCGCUGGCGCAACUGUGCUGGUGACCGGCCCGACAGGCGGCAUUGGGCAGCAGUCAGCCACGGAGUUUGCUCGUCGGGGCGCAAACGGUGAGGAGCUGAAGAAGGAGCUGGAGGGCGCAGCAGCGGCAGAGGGGAGGGCGGUGCCGAACCUGGAGGUCAUGGAGCUGGAUGUGUCGAGCCUGGCGUCGGUGAGAAAAUUUGGAGAAGCCUGGGAGUCGCUGGGCCGGCCCCUCCACGUCCUCGUGAACAACGCUGGCAUCUUCUCAAUGUCAGCGCCCUACAAGCUGACCAGCGAGGGAUUUGAGUCCCACCUGGCGACCAACUACCUGGGCCACUUCCUCCUGACUAUGCUGCUGCUGCCCGCCCUCAAGCGAGGGUGCACGCAGAGGGGUGCGCCCUCCAGGGUGGUCCACGUCUCCUCCAAGCUGCACUACAUGGGCAGCGUGCUGUUCUCCACGGAGCUGGACGCGCGGGCGGGCCCCAGCGUGCGCAGCGUGGCCGUGCACCCGGGCGAGGUGCUGACCAACGUCAUCCACACGCUGCCCGGCCCGGUGCGAUGGCUGUACGCGCGGCUGCUGGCAGGCGUGCUGCUGACGCCGCGCCAGGGCGCACGGUCCACGGUGCACGCCGCCACCUCCCCGCGCGUGCUGGCCGAGGAGGCGGCCGCGCCGUACCUCCACAGCGACUGCGCACCGGUGCCGCCCAGCCCGGCGGCGCGGGAUGCCGAGCUGGCGCGCUGGGCGUGGGCCUGGUCGGUGGACGCCGCGGGGCUGGCGUCCGACCGCGACCUGGCGCCGGUGGCAGGCGGUGGCGCGCCGUGA